AACGAAGAACAAAUCGAACGUGGGUACAACAUGACGACGACGACGACGACGCACGAAGAUAUGGAGACCGAUCGACAAGAAGAAAGUGUAAUGCCACCACCGACCGUCCAACAACCAAGGUCUAUCUCUUUCCCUCCCUCCUCUGGUUAAAAAAUUAGGAUUGUAGUAUGCUAAUAGUGUCCAUAAUGUUUUUUCUUUUGGAUUGUAGUAUGCGGUGUGAAUCAUCUGCGAAUUCUUCACAACUACUUCACACUCCCCAAGUUAAGAAUGACUUCAUACCCAAAAUUAAUCAAGAGUUUGAUAGUUUACAGAAAGUUAAGGAAUUCUACAACCGUUAUGCUAAAGAAGGUGGAUUUGGUACCCGAUCACAUUCUAGUAGAAAGAGUACAGUCGAUGGAAAUGUAAAUGUAAUCGUUAGGAAGGAGUUUUGUUGUUUCAAACAAGGUUUGCCGGUCAAAAAAAGUACUCAACCAAACAAACGGCGUCGAGGGAUGACUAGAGAGAAUUGUCAUGCAAGAUUGGCAGUUGUGAGGAAGGGUGAAAAGUACGUUGUUUCCCAAUUUUUUGAGGGUCAUAAUCACGCACUUACAUCUCCGAGGAGGGCACAUUUGCUUCGAUCCCAUCGUAAGGUGUCAGCUGCCAAAAAAGCUUUAGUAGAACAAUUGUCAGCAGCAAAUGUGCCAACUUGUCAAGAAAUGACUAUAUUUGAGUUGGAAUCGGGAGGUCUUGAAAAUGUUGGAUGCUCACAACAAGAUCUUUAUAAUUAUAAAAGGGAUAAGAGGAUGAUGGUAGACGGACAUGAUGCCAAUAUGUUGUACGAGUAUUUUCAAUCUGAAAAAGCAAAGAAUGACGGUUUUAUUUUUACAAUUGAGAAAGAUGAUGAGGAUAGGAUGACACAUUGUUUUUGGGCGGAUGCAACCGCUAGAAAGUCGUACCAGUAUUUUGGAGAUGUGGUGGUGUUUGACACUACAUAUAACACAAACCGUUAUUCUAUGAUUUUCGCACCUAUUUUAGGGGUUAAUCACCAUAGACAGACUACUCUUUUUGGGUGUGCAUUCUUAUGUGAUGAAACAGCUGAGACUUUUGAGUGGCUUUUCAAGGAAUGGUUGAAAGCAAUGCCUGCAGGCCCUCCUAAAAUGAUCAUAACUGAUCAGGAUCUUGCAAUGACAAAAGCAAUUGCUAGUGCUCUUCCGAAUACGCUUCAUAGGUAUUGCAUGUGGCACAUCACGAAUAAGUUUUCUGAAAGAAUAAGUGCAUUAGCCUACAAAGAACAUUAUGAGGAAUUCAAGAAUUGUAUAUGGAAUUCCGAGACAAAAGAACAGUUCGAGGCUGGAUGGGUAGAGGUGGAAAGAAAAUCUAACUUAUCCGGCAAUGAUUGGUUACAAAACUUACACGAAAUUCGUGAGAGAUGGGUUCCCGCAUAUGUGAGACACAUUUUUUCUGCUCACAUGACUAGUAGUCAAAGAGCCGAAAUUACUCAUUCAUUCUUCAAAAGGUAUGUGUCUAAAGAAAAUUCAUUGUGGGACUUUGUGACGCGAUUUGAGAGGGCACUUGCACGUAUACGGCAUAAUGAGUUGGACAAGGAUCAUAAAGAUGUGAACGAGAGGCCAAACUUGAAAACUAUGUACCCCAUGGAGGAAACAAUGAGUGAAUUGUAUACAAUUGAGAUAUUUUACAUGUUUCAAGAUGAGCUCUUUCAAAAUACUGCUUAUAAGAUGAUGGCAACAAAUGAGGACGAACAUCGGGUUGUGUAUGCCAUUCAAAGGAUAAAGGGGAGUGGUUCGAGGGUUCGUGAGGUUGUGGUAGAUAAGUCGUCAAACCAUGUCAGUUGUAGUUGCAAGAUGUUUGAGUGUGCCGGAAUUCCUUGUCGGCACAUAUUGGCUUACUUUUCUAGAAUGCAAAUUGAAGAUUUGCCUAAUGAAUACAUCUUGAGGAGGUGGACAAAAUCAGCGAAGGCGAUGCGAGUUAAAGAUGACUUGGGUUCGGGCAUGAAAGAAAUAUGUGACACGUCUUUAUUAGAGCGGCGAAAUAGACUCUUCCAACUUGCUUCUACUUUAAUUGAUGAGGCCAUGGUAACUGAGGAUGAAACAGAAUUUGUAGAAGGACUUUUGAGUUCGGGUCAUAAGAAGCUAUGUGACAUGACAAAAGUAAGUCAAGAUGGUGAAGGGACUGCUAUCCAAGUGCCGAUUAUUUGUGACCAUGGUUUCAAAGAACCGCUUCAAGUGAGGGCAAAAAGUUGUGGUAAACGACUCAAGGGAGGGAAAGAGAAGGCUGCCAAGAAGGUUAGGCGUUGUCACGGUUGUGGGUUAACAGGGCAAUCGCACGACAAAAGGAAUUGUCCAAAACUUCUCAGCACGUAUGUGUUUAAUAUUUGUAUUGUAAAUUUAAUUAUUUCAUUGUUUACAUUUUCAUUCUCUCUUUUUUUUGUUAGCUCUUCGCAAAAUGCUAAGUUGAAUGACGAAGACGACGAAGACGACGACGACGAUGACAUUGACAAUGCCAAUGAUUGUAAGUGUUUAUUAUAAAAUGCUUC